AUUCGAUAACUAUUCCUGGUUUCGAUCGAUAGCUAUAAUCUUUGAGAAGGCAAAAUUAAGAUUUGCACUGUAUAAAAAAAAAAAUAAAAGAAAGCGAUCACCAAAGAAAAGUUGGCCGAAAUUACAAAAGGAAAAUGAACAAUUCACUAAUUGAGGAAGCUUUGUCUCGGCCGUUUACUGAUGAGGAGUUAAGGGAGCUAAGCCGGCGCACCAAGGUCAAGGUGAAGAUGAACGCCAUGAAUUGCGUGUGGGACGCUGUGUUGCGCUAUGAGAAAGACAACGAUCGGGCUGUGAGGGUUGUAUACUACUCCGAUCAGGAGCUAGCCGAGUACAAGGCCAAAGCUGCCGCUGCGAAUAAAUUGCAAAACAUCAAUAGGCUGGAUCGAUGGCGUCGCCAGCGACUUGAAGAAGAUUUUCCCUCGAUCGAAGAAAUGAUAAAUGAAGCUUUGGAGGAUCACUCAUUAGACAUAUGGCCCAGAGAGGAGGAGGUUCAACAGCCAGAUCAAGGAUAUUUUGAGGACUUACAGAUGAAUGAGGAAGACAUGGAAUUCGAUCUAGAAUUUUUUGUACCCAACGUUCGGUUUCACCGAAAUAGAGGAUAAAGUUGCCUUUAAUCACAAUUAAACUAUUUAAAGGCUUUUAUAGAUAAAAACUAAGCCGCCCAAGUUAAAAUUUACCAUUGUCUUCAUUCAGUAUCGAUCUUAUCACAAUGUACAAUAGUCUCUAAUAAAGAGUUUUGGUUUCACAAAAACGAAA